AUGGCAAAUUUAAGUAAUUUGGAUGAUUGUACAGGAAUUUGUGACAGUCAUUACGGAAGUAGCUACAUUUUUCCGGUUUUGCGUUCCGUAAACUACGACAACAACACUGUACCUACCGCAUUUUCUGAUUCACCGGUUGAUGUCAGUUUUGCUCUGAAGAUUAUUCAUUUAGGUAAUUUCGAUUCGAAAAAUAUGGACUAUUCUAUUGAUUUCGAAAUGCAAAUGACUUGGGUUGAUCCACGUUUAAUGAAUAAUUAUUCAAAAUGGAUACGAAUUUGGGAGAAAAGAAUUCUGGAUCAAAUAUGGAAACCUGAUCCGUAUUUUGUUAAUUCUAAACGUUCGCAUUUCCAUUAUGUUUCAUUUCCAAAUUUUCGAAUGUUAAUAAGUCCAAAUGGCUUAGUGGUUUAUACGAUGAGAAUAACACUACAACCAUCUUGCUAUAUGGUUUUUUGCCGAUUUCCACAUGAUGAUCAACAAUGUCAACUUAUGAUUAGUUCACUUUCGCAUAUACCAUCAAGUGUUCGAUUUUCUUGGCUUUCAACAAAUCCAAUAAAUUUCAUGUCAACACAUUCGUCACCUGAUUUUCAUCUUGUAUCCGUACAUACACAUCAAUGUAUUGUAGAUGGAAAAUUAUUACCAUCAUCAUGUCUUCGUGUUCUAUUCAAAUUAAAACGAAGUGCUGCACGACAUAUUAUUGAAAAAUAUAUUCCAAGUUCGUUGGCAGUAUUCUUUGCUUGGAUUGCACCAUAUGUACCGUAUAAUUAUGAGGAAGUACGAAUUAUCACACCAAUUUCUGAAAAACGACGUUUGGAAGCUGUAAAUGAAUUUGAGCGUGAAAAUUUUCAUGAUAAGAAACAACAAGUAAUACGAUUGCAUCGACGUUUGGAUUAUUUGACACAAGUUUUUUCACCCUUACUAUUUACAAUAUUUGUAAUGUAUUAUAUCAUGACUGUUGUCUAUGGUGAAGAUAAUGAAUGUAAUGCAAAUGAAAUUUAUAAUUCAAAAAUUUAG